AUGGAACUUCAUGGUGAGGAAGAAGAACUGAAGCAAGAAGCGCAACAAGAGGAGAAGAUAGGAAUCAGCGAACAAAAGGAAGUAGUGGGCGGAUGUUUAGGACAUGUUGAGUACAUAAAGGAAUCCCAAGUUGAGGAACCCCCCUCCAAGGAGUGUGGAGAGAAUAUCAAAGAAACGAGCAAUAUCGCGAGAGUAAACAAUGAGUUAAAGGAAAUUGAUAGAGAAGUGGAUUCCAUCACUAGUGAUUUUUUGCCCACCUCGAUCAAUUUCCUUGACGAUCCUGUUGAACCCUUCUCCAGUACAUUGGAAAGCAAGGUUGAAGAGGAUUUGCAACCUCCAAGGCCUAAUGCGAGUGAAGAACUGGAAGAACCCCCGACUAGCCGCCGUUCUCGAGCUAGAGCGGUAGCCGAGGCGGCUAGACCUUCAUCCUCCAUAGCAGCACCUGCACCACCAUCAGCACCUGAGCUGACCUAUCUGUUAGUGCAGCACCUUCUUCGCUUCAUGGAGCGCUUCGAGCAUCGUGUCAUGCGACGCCUCGACCGCUUAGACCAGGCGGCUGCAUCACAGGGUAUCGAGCUCCCUCCACUUCCAGAGUCCCCCACUUCUGAUGAGCAGGAUCUGGAGGAGGAGCAUGGUGAGGAGCCGAUACAGCAGGAGGCACCACCAGAGAUGCAGAACACCACUCCUGAGGUCCAGCAUGACAUUCCUGAGCCACAGCCAGUGCCACCUCCAGUUCCACCACCCGAGCCUGAGCAUGAGCCACAGCCUGGUGCGAUAGUUGACCCCCAUUCCGAGCUUCCGUAG